CUUAAAUGAAGGUCAGUCGAGUGGAAAGGAGGCGGAAGAAGGAAAUACAAAGGAGAGUAGCGGUGUUAAUGUGGUACCAUAAUUCUCUAUUCACUGCUUGUUGACUAAGUCGACGUCUGGAUUUGACCAAGCUGCAUCCACCUGGGAUCACCUCACUCUCCAAUCACUGCUGAUCUGAGUCCGAUGGCGAAGCGUGACCCGAACGAGCCCCCUUCCUACUAUUCUAUUGAAGUGCAAACCCAGCCCCCCCUCAAGUCCUACGAAGAGGUGGUGUACGGCGUGGGUCCAGGCCUGACGCCGCCCGCCUAUCCACAAUACAUCCCCCAGCAUGGACCCCCUGCGGCUCCUGCCCAAGUCCAACUGUCCAUACCCCCCCAAAAGAAGAAGAGAUGCUGCAAUGCUGGUGCCCGGUGGUACGGAGGAUCGGGCGGAUUUUUAGUGGUGAUCGCGUUGCUGGCACUGGCCGUCUGGCUUGGAGUUCGUUAUGGGACCCGGAUCGCAGCAGUUGCAGCCUACAACAGCCAUCCCAGUGAGGACAGAGAUCAGGUGCUUUUGCCAAAGUACGACACCUGCACCAACAACACUGUUGAAUGUGAUGGAAUCAAUGACUGCAAACUGGGCUCUGACGAAAAAUACUGUGUGAGGUUUGGAGAGGACAACCGUCUGCAGGUCAGGACAUCAGAAGACGGCCGCUUCCUACCAGUGUGUUUCAAAGACUGGGACGAGAGAUACGCCGACCUGACCUGCGAUCAACUGGGAUUAAGAAAGUCCUAUGCCACCAAAGCAAUUAGGACACAGCCGUCCUCUGCUUUGGCAGUGAACAGCAGCUCAUCUGCCCUGAUCCAGAAUCAGGUUAAAGUCAGCUCAUCCUGUCCAGGCGAUGAGACUGUCUCCCUGCAGUGUGUGGACUGCGGUCGACAGGCUUCUACCUCCAGGAUUAUUGGGGGAAACGUGGCCACGGUGGGAGACUGGCCUUGGCAGGUGUCACUGCGCUUCAGAGGUUCCCACACCUGCGGAGGAGUCCUGAUCUCUCCUGACUUCGUGCUGACCGCUGCUCACUGCUUCCCAAGAAGCAACACUUUUGCCCUUUUGGCCAACAACUGGAAAGCCUAUGUUGGAGUUGUGUCACUAAAUGAUGUACUCACAUCCUACUCUGUUGAGAGAAUCAUUCUCAAUGAGAACUAUGACAGCAACACCAAUGACCAGGACGUCGCUCUGCUCAAACUGGCAUCUCAAGUUAAUUACAACGAUAAAAUCCUGCCAGCUUGUCUGCCAGCCUACAACCAACAAUUUGCCCCUGGAACCCAGUGCUGGACUUCAGGUUUUGGCACCACUGAGGCGGGAUCAGGCAUUGUCUCCAAGGAGCUGAUGGAAGUGGCCGUGGACAUCAUUGACACAAAAGAGUGUAACAGUAGCAGUGUGUAUGGAGGCGCCGUCACCGAUCACAUGCUCUGCGCCGGGGACCUGAAAGGAGGCAGAGACUCCUGCCAGGGUGACAGCGGUGGGCCUCUGGUGUGUCAGAAUAUGAACCGUUGGUAUCUGGUGGGGAUCAUAAGCUGGGGAUCCGGCUGUGGUAAUGUAAACAAGCCUGGCGUUUACACCAGAGUCCACAGUGUCCUGCCUUGGAUCUACAGCAACAUGCAGAAAGAGCGACUAUGAUGCCCUUUUGUCCCCUGCUGGAGGUCUACCCCACCAACAUGAUGAAUUGCAUGACGUGAACAGUGUACCUCUGUCUUGCGUUCUGCAUCAUCUUCUGUCGUUCGGCUCAUAUGUGAAUCUCCUUGCACCUGAUUAUUGAUACACACCAAUCGAUGCGCUGACCCAGGCUGAGUCCAGCGUUCUUGAUUAUGUUCUGCCUCUCGGUGUCAUGAAGUAUAUACUUUUGUUUACUUUCUUUUUAAGCAAGACUUCCGCUACACUGUGAUCUCCCCUGUUUGUUUGAAAAUGAGACUCUUUAAACACGAUUUAUGAUUGUUGAGGUGACCUUUUUUUCACCUGAGACACUUCUCAGGGUUUUCUAUCCAGACCUGUUGUCUCACACGAUGAAGUAGAAAAAGACACUUUAUAUACACUUUGUGUGGAAGGAAGCAAGUGGGACCCUUGUCCCUCUCGCUGAGCUGCUGCGUCCGUGCAUCUCAACCUCCCCCUGUAAUCACACUGUGAAGGUUCACAGAAAUGAUUCUCGUGAGAUGUAUGUGUUCUCUGUAUGUCACAUUUAUGUCCAUUGUUGUUUCACUGAUCACUGAGCAUCACUCAAAUAAAGAUGAAGGAAGAUUCUU